AUGGCGAUGGCGAUGCGGGCGGCAGCGGCCUUCUUCUCGCCCUCCGUCUCCCCCUCCCCCUCCCCGAGCCCGAAGCAGCACUCCGUAUUCUCCCCCCGGCGCGGCUCCACCCGACGUAUCCGUCCCCGUCGGCUCCGCGCCUUCCCAGCCACCGAGCUGACCCUCGAGGAGCUCAACCCCUCCGUCGCCCUGCUCAGGAAGACCGCGGAGGCCGUCGGCGAUUUCAGGAAGACGCCCAUCUACAUCGUCGGGACGGACUGCAAUGCCAAGCGCAACAUCGCCAAGCUGCUCGCCAACUCCAUCAUAUACCGCUACCUCUGCAGCGAGGACCUGCUCGAGGACGUCCUCGGCGGCAAGGACGCCCUCGCGGCGUUCCGGGAGUCCGACGAGAAAGGCUACCUCGAAGUCGAGACCGAGGGGCUGAAGCAGCUCACGUCCAUGGGCAGCCUGGUGCUUUGCUGCGGCGAUGGCGCCGUCAUGAACUCCACCAACCUAGGGCUGCUGAGGCAUGGAGUCUCCAUCUGGAUCGAUGUUCCUCUCGAAUUAGCCGUGAACGAUAUGUUGAAGAGCAAGGGGGCACAAGCUAUUUCAGACCCUGAUUCCUUUUCUCAGGCAAUGGCAAAGCUCCGUCAGCGUUAUGAUGAUCUGAAAGAGCGGUAUGCAGUCUCUGAUGUUACUGUUUCAGUACAGAACGUGGCUUCUCAGCUAGGCUACAGCAGCAUCGACUCUUUGAGCCUGGAGGACAUGGUCAUUGAGAUUGUGAGUCGCAUUGAGAAGCUGAUCCAAGCGAAGGCGAUGAUGGAAGCUGCUGGGAAGCCUGAAUGA